GGAAUCUGAGAGCAUGGAGGCAGCCCGGCCUAUCUCAACGGCCGGGAAGUUUGUGGUGGUCGGUGGUGGUAUCGCGGGUGUCACCUGUGCUGAACAGUUGGCUAUUCUGUUUCCAUCAGAAGAUAUUCUCCUGGUAACAGCUUCUCCUGUUAUUAAAGCAGUUACAAAUUUCAAGCAGGUUUCUAAAGUAUUGGAGGAGUUUGAUGUUGAAGAGCAACCAAAAACCAUGUUAGAAAAUCGCUUUCCCAACAUUAAAAUUAUAGAAUCCGGAGUAAAGGAACUGAAGAGUAAAGAACAUUGCAUUGUAACAGGAGAUGGCAGUCAGCAUGUGUAUAAGAAACUCUGUCUGUGUGCUGGAGCUAAGCCAAAGUUGAUAUGUGAAGGAAAUCCUUAUGUAUUAGGAAUCCGUGAUACAGACAGUGCUCAGGAAUUUCAGAAACAGCUUACUAAAGCUAAAAGAAUAAUGAUCAUAGGGAAUGGCGGCAUUGCACUUGAACUGGUGUAUGAAAUUGAAGGGUGUGAAGUCAUUUGGGCCAUUAAAGAUAAAGCUAUUGGGAAUACUUUCUUCGAUGCAGGAGCAGCUGAAUUCUUGACUUCAAAGCUCACUGCUGAAAAAGCAGAGGGCAGAAUUGCACAUAAAAGGACCAGAUACACAACUGAAGGAAGGAAAAAGGAAACACAAACCCCAGCUGGUGCUGGCAAUAUGGGCAGUGCUUUGGGACCUGAUUGGCAUGAAGGCUUGAAUCUUAAAGGUACAAAAGAGUUUUCUCAUAAGAUUCACAUUGAAACUAUGUGUGAAGUAAAGAAAAUCUUCCUUCAGGAGGAAUUUAGAAUUUCUAAGAAAAAGUCCUUGCCUUUUCCUAGAGACCAUUCUAAUCAGUCAGUCACAACCAAUAAUGAGGUAUGGCCUGUAUAUGUGGAAUUGACUAAUGAAAAGAUAUACGGCUGUGAUUUCAUUGUCAGUGCUACAGGAGUUACACCAAAUACAGAACCCUUCCUCUGUGGCAACAAUUUUGCUCUAGGAGAAGAUGGUGGCCUGAAGGUGGAUGCUUAUAUGCACACAUCUCUCUCUGAUGUCUACGCCGCUGGUGACAUCUGCACUGCAUCCUGGCGGCCCAGCCCGGUGUGGCAGCAGAUGAGGCUGUGGACCCAGGCUAGACAGAUGGGUUGGUAUGCAGCGAAGUGCAUGGCUGCAGCUAGUUUAGGAGAAUCUAUUGACAUGGACUUCAGCUUUGAGCUUUUUGCUCAUGUAACAAAAUUUUUUAACUAUAAGGUUGUAUUGCUGGGAAAAUACAACGCACAGGGCUUAGGUUCAGAUCAUGAAUUAAUGCUGAGAUGUACCAAAGGACACGAAUACGUCAAAGUCGUCAUGCAGCAUGGGCGAAUGAUGGGAGCUGUCUUAAUUGGUGAAACUGACUUAGAAGAAACAUUUGAAAACUUAAUUUUAAAUCAAACAGAUCUUUCAUCAUAUGGAGAAGAUCUGCUAGAUCCAAAUAUUGAUUUAGAAGAUUAUUUUGAUUAAAGGCAUUUCAAGAACUACGUAAAGUUCCAAACACUAAGUCACAAUAAGGUAAUACACUGAUUUAAUGAAGUUAAGAAUACAGAAGUAAUAAUGAUUUCAGUGGGAAAAGAUUAAAAUAUAACAAAAGCACUUACAAAAAUGAAAGAAUUUAGGUUACUCAUUUCUGAUUAAGCUAGGUUGUUACCUACUUAGCCAACAAUUUGGUCGGAUACGCUAGUCAUUCUGAUUGUGCAAUGUCAGGGUUAUGGUUUCAAGAGGCUUAUAGUUUUACAUAGAGGUGUAGCAAUAUCUUACUUGCUAAUAUCAUUUGUAUUGAUCCCUUAUUCUAUUUACGUUUGGAUUCUAUAGCUGUUAUGAGUUGAAAUCACUCCCUUUCUGUAAUCAGCUUUUGUAAAAUAUUCCACAUAACUUUGCUAUCAAAUGUUGGUUAUAUCAAAAGAAAAUAAAAACAUGUCAAGGCACAAGA